UCUUUUCUCUUCUUGACAGAAGAACACUUAAAAGAUAAUUCAGGGUCAGGUUUUGAUUGUGUGGUGGUUUUGAGGAGGAAAAGAUGAACAACAAUUCAGUUUCAGAGAACAGUUUCUACAUUGACAGUGAUGAAGAAGAUGAGGAGAAUAAGAAUUUGAACAAAGUAGAAGGUGGUGGUGGUGAUGGUAAUGAUUCAGAUUCUUCAAGUUACACAAAUAAUGAAAACCUUCCACAGAGAAAACCAAGCUCUUACAACAUCUCAUGGCCUCAGAGUUACAGGCAGUCAAUUGAUCUGUAUAGCAGUGUUCCAUCACCAAACAUUGGAUUUCUAGGGACACCUUCAUUGUCAAGACUAAGCAGUUCUUUUCUUUCAACAUCUCUAACAAGGAGACACACUCCUGAGGCACUUCCAUCAGUUACAAAGCCAUUGAUACAGCCGGUGGCCGCCGAGGAUGAGGCCGUGCGUCGGCGUAGCUCUCAUGCCUUGAUUCCUCCAAGGAGGUCUUCUUCUUCCCUUAAGAAGGAAUCAAAGGUCUCUCAUGAAAUUCCAAUUUCAAGACACUGUUCUUUUGGACAAGCUGUGCUUAAUGGCAUAAAUGUCCUUUGUGGUGUAGGAAUCCUUUCUACACCUUAUGCUGCCAAAGAAGGUGGAUGGAUUGGCCUUUCAAUCUUGUUCCUUUUUGCAAUUAUUUCCUUUUAUACCGGGAUGCUCUUGCGUUCCUGCUUGGAUAGUGAACCUGGAAUUGAGACAUAUCCAGACAUUGGCCAAGCCGCUUUUGGAACCACCAUAGUACUGUAUGUGGAAUUGUAUGCAUGUUGCAUUGAGUAUAUAAUUUUGGAGGGUGACAAUUUGUCUUCCUUAUUUCCAAGUGCUCACUUGAGUUUGGGAGGAAUCGAAUUGGAUUCGCAUACUUUGUUUGCGCUGAUUACCACCUUGGCCGUUCUACCAACUGUUAUGCUCAGGGACCUAAGCAUUCUCAGUUACAUCUCAGCCGGUGGAGUUGUUGCAUCGGUUUUGGUGGUUAUCUGCUUGUUCUGGAUUGGCAUUGAGGAUGUCGGCUUUCAGAGCAAAGGGACAACACUCAAUCUUGCAACUUUUCCUGUUGCUGUUGGUCUCUAUGGAUACUGCUACUCAGGACAUGCAGUGUUUCCAAACAUUUAUACAUCCAUGGCAAAUCCAAAUCAGUUCCCUGCAGUGCUCUUAACAUGUUUUGGUAUCUGUACUGCGCUGUAUGCCGGAGCGGCUGUCAUGGGAUACACAAUGUUUGGAGAAGCUAUUCUGUCUCAGUUCACUCUUAACAUGCCCAAAGAAAUGGUUGCUACCAAGAUUGCUGUCUGGACUACAGUGGUUAAUCCAUUUACCAAGUAUGCAUUGACUAUAUCUCCAGUAGCAAUGAGUCUAGAAGAGUUGAUACCAUCAAGCCAUGCCAAGUCUUUCCUAUAUUCCAUCUUCAUCAGAACAGGGCUAGUAGUUUCAACACUCAUUAUUGGCCUUUCUGUUCCUUUUUUUGGUCUUGUAAUGUCAUUGAUUGGAUCUUCACUCACAAUGCUUGUUACUUUGAUACUUCCCUGUGCUUGUUUCCUACGAAUCUUGCGCGGCAAAGUCACGCGAUUUCAGGCAGUACUCUGCAUUACAAUCAUCUCAAUUGGUGUUGUUUGUGCUGUUUUCGGUACAUAUUCUGCACUCGCUGAGAUUGUUAAGAGUUUAAGCGGAUGAAGUUUUCUGGAACAUAAGAUUUGAAUAUGUCUGCUAUUGUCAUUUGUUCUAUCUAUUUUUUCAUUUGUCACACCCAAUUUUGAGUUUUUUUUUUGUUUGUGAAAUUUCAAUUAUUUACUAUUGUUUGUGAUUAUUGUGGCUACUUGUGACUCCAUCACAAGAAAGUUUUGGUCAUGUUUGAUUGUUUGAAGUGAAGGCAAUAAUAAUGGUAACUAAAAGAUUGUGGAAAGAGGAACCAGUUAAGGAGGGAUGAAUGAAUUUUAGUUUGAAUGAAUGAACUAGAUUCUCACA